UCGCCUCGUUCAUCAUGGAGGAUCUCAAGAGUGAUACCAAAUAUGUCGACGACGUCGAUGUCCAGAAAAAUGAGACCAUCAUUGCACCUGAGGCUCGCGAGGCCUAUGGCCCUGCUGGCAUCGCUGGCAUUUUCGGUAACUCCUAUGUAGCCCUCUGUGCCGCCUUCUCAGCAAUGGGUGGCUUGCUCUUCGGGUACGAUCAAGGUGUUGUCUCAGUCACUCUUACCAUGGACGACUUCCUAGAACGUUUUCACCAGAUUGCCCCUGGUUCAAGUGGAGCUAGCUUCAACAAGGGACUGCUCACUGCCAUGAUUGAACUCGGAGCUUUGUUCGGUGCUUUGAACACUGGAUGGGUUGCAGACAAGUACUCGCGAAAGUACUGUAUCGUCAUAGCAGUUGUGAUCUUUGUGAUCGGAUCUGCUCUGCAAACAGCUUCAGUGGAUUACGACAUGCUCAUUGUAGCCAGAUUGAUCGGCGGAAUUGGGAUCGGAUCUCAACUGACAUUUAUGUCAGANCUAUCCGCUGUUGCACCGAUGUAUAUCUCGGAAAUCUCUCCACCUGAGAUCCGCGGCACGUUGCUGGUCUUGGAAGAGUUCAGCAUCAUCGUAGGCAUCGUUUUGGCAUUCUGGAUAACGUACGGAACAAGGGUAAUCGCUUCAGAAUGGAGUUGGCGACUGCCCUUCCUACUGCAAAUUCUACCUGGACUGGUUCUUGGUGUCGGUAUCAUUUUCCUUCCAUUCUCUCCUCGCUGGCUUGGUAGCAAAGGCAGAGAUGAGGAAGCCCUGAUUGCCUUGAGUCGGCUACGCCGCCUGCCAACCACAGACUCCAGAGUUCAGCAAGAAUGGUUCGACAUCCGCGCCGAAGCCAGGCUGGUGAAGGAAAUCAGCAACGAACGCCAUCCACAUUUGCAGGACGGUACCAGAACCAGCCGCCUGAAACUCGAACUUGCGUCUUGGGCGGAUCUCUUCAAGAAAGGUUGCUGGCGACGAACCCAUGUGGGAGUGGGCAUAAUGUUCUUCCAGCAGUUCGUUGGCAUAAACGCACUUAUCUACUACAGCCCGACACUGUUUGAGACCAUGGGCCUGAAUUCAAGCAUGCAACUAAUCAUGUCUGGCGUACUCAAUAUCAUGCAACUCGUAACGUCACACAUAAUUAUUGCCGGCCUCGUCGGUGAAGGCCAAAAGGACUGGAAUGCACAUGGUGGGAUGGGUUGGACAGCAGUAGCAUUCUUGCUCAUCUACAUGAUCGCAUUCGGAGCCAGUUGGGGUCCAGUACCAUGGGCUCUUCCCAGCGAGAUCUUCCCAUCCUCACUCAGAGCUAAGGGAGUAGCACUAUCCACAUGUUCAAACUGGCUCAAUAACUUUAUUAUCGGCCUCAUAACCCCUCCUCUAAUCUCCGGCACAAAUAACUACGGCGCUUACAUUUUCUUCGCUGCUUUCUGUGUCUUCUCAGGCAUUUGGGUAUUCUUCUGCGUUCCAGAGACCAAUGGAAAGAGUUUGGAAGAGAUGGAUCAUGUGUUUAGGGACGCGGGUGGUAGUGAAGAGGAAGAGAUCCGCAAAUUAAGGAUUGAGAGGGAGUUGGCUGCUAGUACACAAGCACCUUCUGUUGCC